AAAAAGUUUAAUUUUAUAAUCCUGCUAUCACCAAUACAGAGCCAAAGCACUUCAGUUUGAGCCUAUUUAUCAUUAGAGAUGGAUGAAACUGCAAUCAUUUACUUAUGUCCUUUACUGGGGCAGAUAUUUUUAUCUCUCUGAAACCUCCCUGGCUGGACUGCAGUUUUCCAUUCUGCAAGGGCCCAAUGGAAACUCUGGGGAUGUAGUUGAAAUAGGAGAAAUCUGAAAGACUGCAGAUUGCUGGAGAGGGAGUAGUGCAAUGAAAGACACACUUUUUGGGCAUUUCAUGGCUAUGUUAUUGCAAAAACUGCCACAUUGUACCUUUGAGAAUUGUUCAUCAAUGUAAAGUAAUAUAUAAUAAUAAUAAUAGUAAUAAUAAUAAUAACAACAACAACAACAACAGCAGAGUUGGAAGGGACCUUGGAGGCCUUCUACUCCAACCGCCAGGCAGGAAACCCUACACCAUCUCAGACAGAUGGUUAUCCAACAUUUUCUUAAAAAAAUAUUUUUAUUUUUAUUUUAUUUAUUUAUUUUUGUCACACAGUAUAUAUAAGCAUAAGCAUGAAUUAAUUAUACAACAUAUAAGCAUAUAUAUAAGUAUGAGUAUGUAAUAACUAUAUUAAUUGGAUAUAAUGAAGGAAAACAAUAGGACAGGAAUAGUAGGCACGUCUGUGCUCUUAUGCACGCCCCUUACAGACCUCUUAGAAAUGGGGUGAAGUCAAUGGUAGAUAAUUUUUGGUUGAAGCUUUUGGGAUUUUGGGAAGAGACCACAGAGUCAGGUAGUGUAUUCCAAGCAUUAACAACUCUGUUACUGAAGUCAUAUUUUCUGCAAUCAAGAUUGGAGCGGUUAACAUUAAGCUUAAAUCUAUUGUGUGCUCGUGUAUUGUUGCAAUUGAAGCUGAAAUAGUCUUUGACAGGAAGGACAUUGUAAUAGAUGAGUUAAUAGAUGAGUUAAACUAUGAGUUAAACUCAGGUCAUGUCGAAGGCAGCAUAGUUCUAAAUUUUCUAAACCCAGGAUUUCAAGUCUGGUGGCAUAAGGUAUUUUGUUGUAUUCGGAGGAGUGGAGUAUUCUUCUUGUAAAAUAUUUCUGGACACGUUCAAUUGUAUUGAUGUCAGAAAUGUGGUAUGGGUUCCAAACAGUCGAGCUGUAUUCAAGAAUUGGAUUGAAAAAAAUUUCCAGUGUUGGAGCAUUUACAACUUCUGCAGAAAUUACAUGCAACUCUCCAAGAAUAUCUAAUGGUACUUUCCGACCUCAAAGAACUAUAUAUCAUGAUGGGGAUCUAGUUCGAAUUCAUUGUGACAAUGGAUUUACUUUUGAACCAGAUAAUGGAGAAAAGGUGGUUGAAUGCACAAAGAAUGGAUGGUCACCUCCACCAAAAUGUAUCAAAAAGGGCUGUGACUAUAUCCAAAUAGAAAAUGGAAGAAUGGCCAAUCUAUAUGAACUAUACAGACCUUUUCCAAUAGCAGAGGAACAAUCCAUUUAUUUUUAUUGUUAUGAUGGUUUUCUGCCUGCAAACAAGGAAACGUGGCAAACAGCAACAUGCAUCAAAUCCCAAUAUGUCCCAGAACUAAAAUGUUUCAGGAUAUUCUCCUGCAGACCAGCAGUCAACAUCCACUUGCACAAAAAAUGGCUGGUCACCUCCUCCAAGUUGUAUCCUGCCAGGAAGCAGCAGGUGAAGCUAAGCAAGAUCACAUCAAAUACCUGUACAAUUAGCACAGGGGCCCCCCAAGGCUGUGUGCUCUCCCCACUUCUCUUCUCUCUGUAUACCAAUGACUGCAUCUCCAAUGAUCCAUCUGUUAAGCUACUGAAGUUCGCAGAUGACACAACAGUGAUUGGUCUCAUUCGAGACAAUGAUGAAUCCGCAUAUAGACGAGAGGUUGAACGACUAGCCUUGUGGUGCAACCAAAACAAUCUGGAACUGAAUACACUCAAAACCGUAGAAAUGGUGGUAGACUUUAGGAAAAACCCUUCCAUACUUCCACCUCUCACAAUACUUGACAACACAGUAUCAACAGUAGAAACCUUCAAAUUUCUGGGUUCUAUCAUAUCGCAAGAUCUCAAAUGGACAGCUAACAUCAAAAACAUCAUUAAAAAAGGACAACAAAGAAUGUUCUUUCUGCGCCAACUCAGUAAGCUCAAACUGCCCAAGGAGCUGCUGAUCCAAUUCUACAGAGGAAUUAUUGAGUCUGUCAUUUGCACCUCUAUAACUGUCUGGUUCGGUUCUGCAACCCAACAAGAAAAACACAGACUUCAGAGGAUAAUUAGAACUGCAGAAAAAAUAAUUGCUACCAACCUGCCUUCCAUUGAGGACCUGUAUACUGCACGAAUCAAGAAGAGGGCCGUGAAAAUAUUUGCAGAUUCCUCGCAUCCUGGACAUAAACUGUUUCAACUCCUACCCUCAAAACGACGCUAUAGAGCACUGCACACCAGAACAACUAGACACAAGAACAGUUUUUUCCCGAAGGCCAUCACUCUGCUAAACAAAUAAUUCCCUCAACACUGUCAGACUAUUUACUGAAUCUGCACUACUAUUAAUCGUUUCAUAGUUCCCAUCACCAAUCUCUUUCCACUUAUGACUGUAUGACUAUAACUUGUUGCUGGCAAUCCUUAUGAUUUACAUUGAUAUAUUGAUCAUCAAUUGUGUUGUAAAUGUUGUACCUUGAUGAACGUAUCUUUUUUUUUUAUGUACACUGAGAGCAUAUGCACCAAGACAAAUUCCUUGUGUGUCCAAUCACACUUGGCCAAUAAAAAUUCUAUUCUAUUCUAAAGAAACAGAGUAGAACAGUAAACAUUCCAAUUCACUAUCGGAUCAAAAAUCCACAAACAGUUGCUUCUCCUGGAGUUGUUCUGGAGUUAGCAUAAUCGAACUUGAUGUUCAUAAUCAGAGGGAGGUUCAGCCAAAUGGAUUUCUGCUUAUUCUAAAAUCUAAUGUGGGAAAAUCAUAAACAGAUAUAAUGCUUUAUUUUUCUUUUUUGUUUUGUUUUCCUUUUUUUCUGUUUGGAUAGUUAGAUAUUGUAUUAAAAUCAGUGGUGGGUUUCAAAUUUUUUUUACUACCGGUUCUGUGGGUAUGGCUUGGUGGGCGUGAUGUGGCUUGGUGGGCGUGGCUUGGACAUGACGGGGAAGGAUACUGUAAAAUCUCCAUUCCCACCCCACUCCAGAGAAAGGUUACUGCAAAAUCCCCAUUUCCUCCUGAUCAGCUGGGAGUUGGGAGGCAGAGAAUAGAUGGGGGCAGGGCCAGUCAGAAUUUUUACUACCGGUUCUUUGAACUACUCAAAAUUUCUGCUACUGGUUCUCCAGAACUGUUCAGAACCUGCUUAAACCUACCUCUGAUUAAAAUGUAUUUUUUUAUUAAAUUUAUAUGCUGCCCAUCUCACCAGCAAUUGACUCCAGGCAGUUUACAACAAGAUACAAAUGACAAUACAAAAGAUGAACUCAACAAAAUGAUAAAUGUUAACACUAACUUAGGAAAGAUAGCCAAGACCAAUAGACAAUGGGGUGAAAUUGCAGACUUCUCUCAAUCAACUAACCAUCUCCAGUAUAAAACACCCCAAUCCAAUGACCGUAGGCCAAGCAGCAGAGCCAGGUUUUAAUUAUAUUAAGUAAAACAAGAUUAAGCUAUGUCUUAGAAAUUGCUGUAGCGUUUCCUACUACACAUCUUAAAAAAUUGUUAGUUGGCACAAAAUGGGCUAAAAUUUGCCAUGAUAUAAAUUCAACCGAUCCAUUGAAGAUAUUCUGAUUUCCUAACAAAAAGCAAAGCAACAAUCAAAAAAGAGGAAGGGAUGGUAGUAGCUUGGAGAAAUCAGAUGAAAUAGUCAAACUGCUGAACUAAAUUUUAGUGGUUGGGAGAUUACCUCAAGAGCUAUGAAUUUUGCGGUUAGCAGCUGCUGCUGUUGCUACUGAAGACCUUAAAGAACGUUUAGAAUUUAUCAACCCAAGUGGUUUUCUUUUUCUUUUUUUCCUUUCUUUCAAAUUGUAUUUAUUUUUUAUUGAUUACAUUUCUUAGUGCUUAAUGGUGGUGUUCUUUUUCUUUUUGAAAAGUUGGAAGCAUUGCCUGAAAAGCUGAACUAUUGCUUGAUUUGUUUGUUGUUACCAUUGCAACACAAAGUUCACAAAGCUGUUAUAAAGUCCUAUUUUAGCUAUCAAGGUCAAAUUCUUCUUCCAGUAAUAUUUCCUCUUCACAAGAUCCCUAACAAAAAGCAAAGCAACCAGCAAAAAGGAGGAAGGGAAGAUAGUAGCUCAGAGAAAUCAGAUGAAAUAGCCAAACUGCUGAACUGAAUUUUAGUGGUUGGGAGAUUACCUGAAGAGCUAUGAAGGCCUGGCUGCUCCUGGUUGUUGAUUUUCUUCUCUGGCCAGGCUGCUCUUCUCAAAAUGGUAAGUUAAGAAAAGAAAUAAAGGAGUUACUAAGGGAAACAGCUUCUGCUGCAUUCAUUAAAGGCCCAAUUAUUUUUAGCAAAAGCAAAUAGUUCAAUUUUUCAUUUGUGGCUUUUUGGAGAUUUGUAAUGCCAAAUUCUUUAAGAAUAUCCUUUAUAAUUCCAAUCCCUUUUUUUCAAAUACAACAUUUUUCAACAAUUGAUUUGUGAAUACCAAAAUAUUUUAUCGGUAUUGUAAAUUCACACCCAACUUUUUUCAGUUAAUAAAGAACUUGAUACAAUAAUAACCAAGUGAUUAUCAUGUCUAAGAUGAGGCUUCCUAAAUCAGAGGGACUGAAAUUAUAGAGAUGUAUUUCAGUUGGGUUUAUAUCAGGAUAAAUGCAAAGAAAUUGGAUGUCUAAAUUGGUGAUUAUAUCUUUCACAAAAAGACAAGGAGGAUAAUAUUCACUUCACAAGACACUGAAGCUAAGACUGUAUUUGCAGAUAGUCAUACUAAUCAGACUUUUGAGUCAAUCAUAUAUUUAUCACAUUUUUUGGAUGGUUGCAAAAAUCAUUCAUGAAGGAAAAGGAAGAAAAGAACUGGCCUUAAUCAACAGAGAGUAUAGAAGGUAUUCCUUCUGCAGUAAUUAUAAAAUUAACUGAUAAUUGGUACAAUAAAUAGCGAAUACUAACCCAUUUCAGGCUCUUACUUUGAAAUUUGAUAGCUGAAGAUGUCAACGUUCCAGAAAACCCUUUCCUGCAGAAAAGAUUCCAAGGCAAGCAUCUUUCAAUGUUAGAGAUAGUUGUUCUACAAUUAUUUUCUUGUCCUGUUUCUUCCCAGCAUGGCUAAUUUGAACUUUAUAUUUGAAUAAUAUCUUUGUGUCUUUGUGUGUGUAUAUUAUCCCACUAUUGUAUUUUCUUAGAACCCUUUUACACAUGGAACAUUGUCUUGCUUAAAAGAUGUUGUGGAUCUUAGGUGCUUUAGUUCAUGACUGUAACAGCUGAGAGACAAAAAGAAAAUGAGGGGCAAAGAGAGAGAGAAAUCUAUUUACUCAGAUCUCUAAUCAUUUUACCCUACUGCAACAUAGAAUUUUCUACAUAAACUUUAAUCUUAAAGGAAUUCUUUACUGUAAAAUUUUCUAUAUGUCAUCUGAUCUCUGUCUUUCUGCAGCUCCUUGUACAACACGCGAAGAAGAUAUGAGACAACGCAAUAUAAGGCUCAAGUGGACGCAACAGCUUUCAAUAUAUAUAGAGGAGGGAAAUCUUAUUGAGUUUCGAUGUAUCAGAGGCUAUCAACCACGUCCAAGU